AUGUCCCACGGGACCUACUAUGAAUGCGAGCCUCGGGGUGGCCAGCAGCCACUUGAGUUCUCAGGGGGUCGAGCUGGGCCCGGGGAGCUGGGGGACAUGUGUGAGCAUGAGGCCUCCAUUGACCUCUCCGCCUACAUCGAGUCUGGGGAAGAACAGCUACUUUCUGACCUCUUUGCCAUGAAGCCAACGCCUGAAGCCCGAAGCCUUAAGGGCCCAGGAACACCUUCAUUUCCUCACUACCUGCCGGCUGACCCUCGGCCAUUUGCCUAUCCUUCACACACAUUUGGCCCAGAUAGGAAGGCUUUGGGACCUGGCAUCUACAGCAACCCAGGGAGCUACGACCCCAGGGCUGUGGCGGUGAAAGAGGAGCCUCGAGGGCCAGAGGGCAACCGAGGCACCGGCAGAGGCAGCUACAAUCCCCUGCAGUACCAAGUGGCACACUGUGGGCAGACAGCAGUGCACCUCCCCCCGACACUGGCAGCACCUGGCCAGCCCCUGCGCGUCCUCAAGGCCCCUGUGGCUGCUGCUGCCCCUCCCUGCAGCCCCCUUCUCAAGGCACCCUCCCCUGCUGGCCCCUCGCACAAGGGCAAGAAGGCAGUGAACAAAGAUAGCCUGGAGUACCGGCUGCGACGCGAACGCAACAACAUCGCAGUGCGCAAGAGCCGGGACAAGGCCAAGAGGCGCAUUAUGGAGACACAGCAGAAGGUGCUAGAGUACAUGGCGGAAAAUGAGCGUCUGCGCAGCCGCGUGGACCAGCUCACCCAGGAGUUAGACACUCUCCGCAACCUCUUCCGCCAGAUCCCCGAGGCUGCCAGCCUCAUCAAGGGUGUCGGGGGCUGCAGCUGA